UUAGUAAUUUCCUGCACUUAUUUUCUGCCAUUGAAAGCAUCACAAAUACAUGGCUUCAACCACAUGACUUUGCUCAGCCAAUCGGAUGGCAUGUAGGUCAUAGUAAGCCUGUCCCGGCUUCCUCCCGUCAGAUGCGUGGAGGCAAGCCAGGUGACAGAGCUGUUGCAGAUGCUGAUUACUGUGAGCCAGAGCCAUAGUGUUGUUGUGCACUGACCAGAACGGAAUUGGCCAGGUGACCCUUUUUGGGUAUGAAAAAGGAUGGCGAGCCAAUGAACGGCUAGGAGCAGGACUCAUUCUGCAUUUUAGCUUCCACUGGACUGGUAGGAAGCUAUCAAAGACGACGCUCUGUCCCCAUUUCCCAAACACACUGAUUUCCACAAUCAUACACACCAUUCCCCCCGUUUAUGGACAAUAGCGCUUGGACAUCUCUCAUGGACAUUCAGAUGAAACUCAUGGACUUCAGUGUGGAUCAGUGGUUUGGAUGUUAACAUGUGUUACUUAUGGGGAACUGUUUUUUGUUUUUGAGAAUCUAUAUUGCUUGGUAUAAGCCAUAAGCCUGAAGAAUUUGCUUAGUUGUCUUUGCAUCCCCACUGGGUUUUUGAUUUAUUGAAUAGCUGCAGCAGGAAUGAUUAUUUAAGUUUUCCUUAUCUUUUCUUGUUAUUUUCGGUUAAAUACAUGGUACCUGCAAAAGCAUUUUGCGUUGUGUGUAUUUAUUAAUUACUGCCCAUCAGCUCCAGUAGCAUUCCUAAAUCUUCUGAUUAAUAAUAACCAUAACAUUUCACUUAAUACCUAGUCUGUAUUAAUUCAUUAGCGCUUCAUCAGUGUUACAUUUCUUGGCGAGCCAGCCAGGAGCUGAUUUGGUUAGUAAUUAAUAUAUAUUCAAACUCACCAAUUCAUUUUCCCCAUAAUGGAAGUUUUUGAGACGCUUGCCAUUAAGAUCCCAAACGCGGUUUUAAUUGACGGAGUAACUGAGCACUCGGUUGAUGAAGUUAUACAUUUCCUUGAACAGUAUGGUGACAUAGGCCGCAAGGUUACUAUAGAUUCACCAGAAUCUGAAUUUAAUAACAUGCUUGUCGCUGAGUAUGCUUCAGGUUUAUCUUUAACACGUUUGUCUCAGUUGUUACCACACACAUUUAUUUCCGAUUCAGGUGACAAAUUCCACAUUGAAAGUCUAUCUGAAAUUUAUGCAUCAAAGGUUAGUGGUUCCAAGACAAAUACUUACUUGGCAGACUUAAAAAGAAUAGCCAAAUUAUCUGGGAGGGAUUAUGCAGAAGUCCUCAGUGAGGGGAUGACCCAGAUACGCCGGUCCCUUGCAGAGCUCAACCCAGAGACUCCAGUGGUUGCGAAACCAGAAGAUUCAAAACCUCCCGAUUCAGUCUUUCCUCCUUCAUUACCAGCCUCUCUUCCAUCUAAGUCCCCUUCUGCUACCAGUGGUGCUGAAGCACAAGGCGGAGAGAGGCAUGCUGCCUCCAUUCCAGCGGCUGAUCUCAACCCUCCUGAAGUACAACGUUAUGUUGUGGAACACGUUGUUCGGGGCGGGGACAGCUUGCUGCAUGCAUUCCAUCGACUGAGAGCGUUUUCUGGUAAAGUGCCCAGGCCAAUUCAAGAGACAGAUUAUGAUACAUGGCGGUCAGGUGUUGAAUUAGCCCUGAAAGAUCCAUCUAUAUCUGAUCUGCAGCGCACCAGACUGAUUCGCGACAGUCUACUGCCUCCUGCCUGUAAUAUAGUAAAACAUCUCAGCCUUGACACACCACCAGAAGUCUAUAUGAAACAACUUGACUCAGCCUAUGGCACUGUGCAAGAUGGGGAAGAGUUAUAUGCCAAGUUCAUGGACACCUUCCAGGACAGUGGAGAAAAGCCUUCGGCCUAUUUGCAACGUCUGCAGGUGGCAUUACAGCAUGCAGCAAAAAGAGGUGGUGUUUUAGAGAAAGACAUGGACAACCGACUGUUGAAUCAAUUCUGCAGGGGAUGUUGGGAUAACAAUUUAAUAUCGGAACUCCAACUUAAACAAAAGAAACACAAACCCCCCAAAUUUACUGAACUUUUAUUGCUCCUGCGAACUGAAGAGGACAGAGAGGCAGCAAAGACAUUAAGAAUGAAACAGCAUUUGGGAACGACAAAACAGAAAGCCACCACUAAUGCCCAGUUUGCCAAUACUGGGGAAGAAACUAACCUUUGUACUGCACUAACCACUCUGACUAAACAGCUCUCACAACAGAUGGCAGCUAUACAACAGCAGCUUGCAGCUUUGACAGCACAGCAGUGUAAUGUCAAACCACCGGUUGCUGCCUGCCCAGCUUCAAAGCCCUAUGGGCCGAAGAAGGUUAGCAAGAAUCCAAAACCUAGCGUCUCCAGCCCUAAACCAGGGUUUUGUUUCCGCUGUGGAGAAGAUGGUCACAUUAAGCCACAAUGUGAAAAUGCACCCAAUUCAGCAUUGGUAAGUGCUAAGCGGAAACAAUUUGACAACAAACAAAUGUGGCAGAAGCAAAAGUCCUCUACUUCUGGGGAUUUAAACUAG